UCCAAGAUGGCGAAACGUGGAGCUCAAUCAGACUUGAAUCGCGAUAAUUGGGACGAUGAAGAAGAUACCGAAGAGGCUGGUACAUUUACUACUGCAAGCGAAGAGGACAUGAACAAAAGAAAAAUAAUUAAAGCUAGACGCCGACUGCCCUCUGACGCCAAUAAGUCUGGAGGAGUGUUCAAGAAUUUCACUGGUUUUUCUGGAUUUUCUGGUUUAAAAAGCACAUCUUCAACAGCUUCAUCAACCAGUAAUUCAUCAGCUCCUGCAGAGCUCAAACCAGCUACAAAAACCAGUUUAGCUGGCUUUUCAGGUUUUGCUGGUUUAUCAAGUACUACAAGCAAAGACAUAUGGUCAACGCAGGAGAAACCAUGGGCGAAAGUGAAUGGAAAUAAUGGAAUAAAACAGAAUGAUACGUCUGAAAAGGAAAACCAUAGCGACUCCUACCUAGAAAACAUUAAAUCCUUAAAUAUAAGCGUAUUAUCUUGGUUACAAAAACAUGUCAAUGAAAAUCCAUAUGUUGAUCUAACACCAGUGUUUAAGGACUAUAGCAAGCACUUAUCUAAUAUCGAGAAGAAGGCCACACCUAUCAAGGAGUCACCUGACAUCAAGCCAUUGCCGUCUGUUACACCUCCAUCGUCGCUCAGUAAAAAUGAACCAGUUGGGAGCAAGAGUUUGGACUUUAAGAUGAUUGAAACUGAAGAAAAGCCAGUUGUAAACGAAGAAAAGCCAUUUAUUGGUUUGGCAGCUCCAGCUCCAGCUGAAAAACCAAAGGAAACAACUGAAGAAGCUGAACCCUCUGACGAACCACCUAAACCUAAAAGGUUAAGCACAAUUGUUGUMACYGCYGAGGAAGGCUCUAAAUUCUCAGUCAGAUGUAAGCUGUUCUUCAACCGCAAUAAUGCCUGGUCCGAACUUGGUGUCGGCAUGCUCAAUAUCAAAGACAUCGAUGGCAAAUCGCAGCUUUUUGURCGUGCAGAYACAGCAACUGGUAACAUACUCCUAAAUGUCUUCCUUACRUCGACAACUCCAGUUAAUAGGACAGGAAAGAAUAACGUUAUGUUGGUGUCUUUGCCGAAUCCUCCUCUCUACUCGAAACCUUCCGAGGGGGAUAAUACCAAGCCUGCUACAUAUCUAAUUAGGGUGAAAACUGCCGACAAUGCUGACGAACUGUUUCAAAUAGUCGAGGAUCUGAAGUCCAAAUAAUUUGUAAAUUUAGGAGUUUUUUUAAUUUUUGUCUUGAAAGUGCUUGUUAAUAUAAUAUUAUUAUGACUUUAUAAAUGAUAACAGGAAUGAAGAAUGUAUAAUAGGUAUUGAAUUAUGAAAACUACUUUCUUUGCUAUAGUCUCCUUCACCGUUCCUUGCACCAUUUUGAAAGGUAGCUGUGCCUUUGCAUUGAAGCAAGAUGACCGUUGAGCGUGCAAUGAUAGAAACCUUUAAUACCUACAGACAAUUAUUCACAGGUAUCUCUCAUUGCACUCUCAACGGUUGUCUCGCUUUGAUGCAAAGCUCAGAUACUUUUCAAGGUGGCGCAGGGAACCAUGAAGGAGACUAUUUUCAAAGAGUGAAGUCAAACAACGUGAAAUAGAUAUUACAUUAUUACACCUUAGUACGCUCUAAUUGCAGUUUUCUUUUGUGUAUAUUUGACUAUCACAAAGUUUGUUUCACUGGUUUAAAGACUUCAUUCUAGUGAAAUAAAAUUUAACCAUUAAAGAGUAAUAGUCAAAGGGAAACCAAAGAAAACAAUGCAGUUAGUGCAUCCCAAGGUGUAUUAGUGUAUUAUAAGUGUUUCACUUCUUUUUUUUUUCUUUACUUCACUCUACUACCAUAUGAUAGCAUGCAAGCACCAAAUUGGGAAACAGAACUAAACAGUACUAAAAGAAAAAACAUUUGUAGUCAAAAAUUACAUCUUUUAAUAAUUUACAAAUUUUUUCAUGCUUUCAUUGGACUGUGAAGUGAGUGAGAACUUAUUAUGAUAUUAAUUUGAAGUCAGUUCCACUUGAAUUAGAACAAAUACCAUCAUCUCUUUGUUCAUCUCUUUCAAAAGUUCAACUAUUUCACACUUUUAUGUGAAGACUCGUAGUAGAUGUAGAUUGGGUAAAAAUUCUAUUCACAUACCCAGAUCUUUCUUAGUUUACCAAUGGAGAAUUUAAGGCACUGGUUGUAGAUCAUACCAUAAGACCCAAAAUAAGGGUGGUACGAUAUACAUGUAUCCAUAGUGAUAACGCAUAGGAAUUUUAGAACCAAUCAAAUAAAAGUAUCAUUUGUCUCAAACCAGAGGCUUUUUAUUUUCUGUUGGGAAACAGAGAAGGAUCUGGGUCUGAGAAUGGGUAGAGUGCAUUCCAGGUGACUUGGUUUACACUCCAUUUUUUGUAAAUGACAGUCUUCAAGCAUGAAACAAGAACUGCAAUUAUUUUUAUUGUAAUUAUUUUAUCAUUAAACCACUAUAAAAUCUGUUACAUAUAUGUACUAA